AGAGAAGCAGUUCAGUUUCAGUUCAUGACUGAAGAGUGCGAGAGAGAAUACGCGUUUUUCGGGAGUGUGGAAUAAAAUUAUGUGUGACUGUCACUUUCUUGGUUGAGGAAAAUUUUGGUGAACGCGAGUUUGGUCUUUCAAUUGUGCAAAAAUAACGGGGACUAGUGGUCCCACAUUCAAUGGUUCAAUAAACAACGCGUGGUAUUGUUAGUGACCAAUUGGAAUAAAGUGUAGUUUGCACGGAAUUUGAGUGGAUUCGAGGGUAGUUCCUCAAAAAGAAGCAGCAGUAGAAGCAUCCGUGGGAAGGCGAUCGAAUCUGUCAUGGCUGGACAAACCAUCAACGAUAGGCUGCUGGCUGCUAGGCACAGUCUAGCUGGCCAAGGUCUGGCGAAAUCUGUCUGCAAGGCCACGACCGAGGAAAUGAUUGGACCGAAGAAGAAGCAUUUGGAUUAUUUAGUACAUUGCACGAAUGAGCCAAACGUAUCGAUUCCGCAUUUAGCAAAUUUACUCGUUGAAAGAUCACAAACCGCCAAUUGGGUCGUUGUAUACAAGGCUCUUAUAACAACACAUCAUAUGCUGGCAUAUGGAAAUGAGAGGUUUAUACAGUACUUAGCAUCCAGCAAUUCUUCCUUUCAAUUGAACAAUUUUCUGGAUAAAGGCGGUGUACAAGGUGCCGUCGGAGCAAGGAUGGGAUACGACAUGUCACCAUUUAUAAGGCGGUACGCGAAAUACUUGAACGAAAAGGCGCUUUCUUAUCGUACGGUUGCGUUCGAUUUCUGCAAACUGAAGCGAGGAAAAGAAGAGGGUUCCCUCCGGGUUAUGAACGCUGAUAAAUUGUUGAAAACAUUGCCAGUGCUCCAGGCGCAGCUGGACUCGUUGCUCGAGUUUGAUUGCACGUCCAAUGAUUUAACAAAUGGUGUUAUCAAUAUGUGUUUCAUGUUACUUUUUAGAGAUUUGAUUAGGUUAUUUGCAUGUUACAAUGAUGGUAUUAUUAAUUUAUUGGAAAAAUAUUUCGACAUGAACAAGAAACAGUGUCGAGAUGCGUUAGAUCUGUACAAAAAAUUCUUGACGCGCAUGGAUCGGGUUGGAGAGUUUCUCAAAGUUGCUGAAAAUGUCGGUAUAGACAAAGGCGACCUACCAGAUCUUACCAAAGCACCUAGUUCCUUGCUGGAGGCCUUAGAGCAGCAUCUGGCAACAUUAGAAGGCAAGAAGGGAUCGGCGGCAAAUACACCUACGCAAACAGCAAACAAUCAAAAGAACGUAAAGAGUGGAGUGACCGCCCUAUCUUCUACUAGUUCUUCUUUUGGAACCGCUGCCGCAUCGACAAAGUUUGAUAACCCCACCAACGGUAGCAUCGAUGAAGGCCUCAAAGCUCAAGCAUUGGCGGAGGAGGAAGCAGCGAUGAACCAAUACAAAUCAAAAGUAUCUUCACCAACGGCUAGCGGUGGCACUGCGGCUAUGACUAAUCCGUUCCUCUCGUCCCCACCCACAUCACAAGGAAACAUUGUAGAUCUAUUCGGCGGGGCCGAUACACAGCCAGCCAAUGCUUCUAAAGCAUCUGAUGACUUGCUCCAACUAGGCAAUCCAUUUGCGGAUAUGUUCGGGGGACCUCAGCCGGCUUCGGUUGCACCAGCAGCAACAACGACAGCGAACAACAUGUGGAUGAGUAACGGAUUCAAUGGAACGGCUGGUGGCCCUGCAACGAUAGCAGCAGCACCAGCAAGCACAGGAAACACCUUUGUAUCAGACAGCAACUUCUCAUCGGUGUUCGGUAAUACUGAACCAGUUGCUAUGGAUAGUUCAGUGCCAAAUCCUUUCUUGAUCGACGAAAUAGAGGCCAAUUCCCAACCGCAGGUGUACCCAAGUCAAGUGCAACAGCCGCAACAGCAGACAAUCGCAGGAUUCGACGCGUUGGGUGACGUACUAAAACCUGGAAAUAUGGGUUACACUGGUCAUGCCCAAACUGCAGCUGGCGUAAAUGUUACAUCACAACCAACCGCAAUUCCAGGUAGCGCUGUUCCCCUGUCAGCAGCUCAGCAGCAGCCCGGAAAAGUACUCACAGGCGAUCUCGACAGUUCACUCGCAUCGUUGGCGGAGAGUUUAUCGAUAAACAAAGGAUCAUCACCUCAAAUCAAGAACGUUCAGUGGAACUCACCAAAAAAUACCGCCAAACCAGGGUCUGCCGGAUGGUCACCUCAGCCACAGCCAGCCACCAACCAGACGGGAUAUAAACCAAUGGCGCAAGGUAUGACAGUUACUCCUGCCCCUAGCACUAUUCAUCCAAUUGUACACAAUUCCUACCCUGUUGUGUCACCGUAUAUGCUACAGCAAGGUAUACCGCAAAUGAGACCAAUGAUGGGCGCACCAAUGGCCGGUGCACCACAAAUGGGCGGCAUGAUGCCGAUGGCCACCGGCAUGGUGCCAAUGCAGCAAGCCACGCAGCAAGGUGUGAUCCUGGGGCAACCUGGACUAAUACAAGGUCAACCGCCGCAGCAGCAAAAUGUGCAGCUGGAUCCGUUUGGGGCACUGUAAAAAUAGCGAAACGGCGAGUGGACGUACAUAGGAACAAUUUCAUUGCAAUAAUACUAUGUAAUUAUUUAAAACAGGAGAAACCAUAACAAUCCCCACAUGAUGACUCUGAGGAAAACAAUAAGUUUAUAUCUAUGAUAUUUAUUGCUUACAAAAAUUUCGCAUAUAUCUAUCGUACGAGAUAUGAGUUCACAGAACUCAAAAUAAAAGUGCAUGUAAAGUAAAACGGGCGAAAAAGUUUAAAAAUGUUGAGAGUGACAAAUUCAAAGAUGAUCUAUAUUACCUGUUGUCGGUGAAUAUCGUGCUUGCGCGUAUUAAUGUAACUAUAAUAAAAAUACAUAAGACGAAUUUGCAAACAAAAAUCGCAGACAUUAGAAUCCACUACGUACCAUAAAAUCGAUUUGCACGACAGUAAAGUUUAUUAGUUAAUUUAAAUCGUAUUAUAAAGUAGAUUUUUUUUUUCAAUUUGAGUUCCAUAAUUGAAAAGUGUAGAUUAAGGCAUUUUUGGGUUCUUCCCUGUACAGUCUUGUGUAACGGAUAUUGUUCACAUGUGUUCACGUGGAUUGUUGAUACAUUUUUUGCUGGUUUGUUGAUAUCAAUAUAUAUAAAAAAAAACAUUCUCCUGUAGAUUCUCGACCCGUCGUACAACGACUUGGAGAAAUGGCAUAAACAAUAUUCAAGUAUGUAAUAUCUAACCGCCAGUACAAUAUGUUAAGACUAAGACACGCGAAACGAAGACAAGCAAAAUUGUGACACAAUAGAGUAUUGAACAUAAAGCCAUGGAUGAAUAAAUUUAGGGACAAAUGAAAGUCAAAUAGUAUAAUAAGUUAUUAUAUAUAUGAUACAUAUAUGCUUCAAAAGUAGAACUUAAACCUGUUGUAAAUAUACUAAAGAAAUGUUAAAACCGAA